CGGGCGCGCUGAACAGGGGAGCCCGGCGCUCCGGGCCCCGUCGCCGCCACUAUGCCCGGCAAGUCCCGCUACAACCUGGUGGACGACAGGCACGACCUGCGCGUGCCGCUGCACAAUGAAGACGCCUUCCAGCACGGCAUCUGCUUCGAGGCCAAGUACAUUGGAAGCCUUGAUGUGCCUCGGCCAAACAGCAGGGUGGAGAUUGUGACCGCAAUGCGGAGAAUCAGGUACGAGUUUAAAGCAAAGAACAUCAAGAAGAAGAAAGUGAGUCUCCUGGUGUCAGUGGACGGGGUGAAGGUACUACUUAAGAAGAAGAAGAAGCAGAAAAAGGAGUGGACCUGGGACGAGAGCAAAAUACUGGUGAUGCAGGAUCCCAUCUACAGGAUAUUCUACGUGUCCCAUGACUCCCAGGACCUGAAGAUCUUCAGCUAUAUCGCCAGAGACGGCUCCAGCAACAUCUUCAGGUGUAAUGUCUUCAAGUCCAAGAAGAAGAGCCAGGCCAUGCGCAUCGUCCGCACCGUGGGGCAGGCCUUCGAGGUCUGCCACAAGCUGAGCCUGCAGCACACCCAGCAGGACACAGACGGGCAGGAGGAUGGUGACAGUGAGGACAUGGGUGGCCCAGCCUGCCACCCAGCCAGAGCUGAGAAGGCAGCUGUCCCCACAGAGGAGACGGAUAUCGACGCAGUGGAGCUCCCUCCACCCGGGAGCAGCACCCUGGAGUUCAGCCGGGGGGUGACAGACCUCGACGCCGUGGGGAAGGACUCGGGGCACUCUCUGGACACCAAGGGCUCCCUCCACCCUGAGAGUAUCCUGACUGCAUCGCCCAAGCUGCUGCUCCCCUCCUCCUCCCAGCUGCCAGACCUGGGGAUCCCUCUCUCCACUCAUCACCAAAUGCAGCUUCUCCAGCAGCUUCUGCAGCAACAGAUCCAACAGACACAAGUGGCUGUGGCCCAGGUUCACUUGCUGAAAGACCAGCUGGCUGCAGAGGCAGCAGCUCGGCUGGAGGCCCAGGCACGCGUGCACCAGCUCUUGCUGCAGAACAAGGACAUGCUCCAGCACAUCUCGCUGCUGGUCAGGCAGGUGCAGGAGCUGGAGCUGAAGCUCUCAGGAAGCAACACCAUAGGCUCCCAGGACAGUCUGCUGGAGAUCACCUACCGCUGCAAUGCGCUGCCAGUGCUGUGUGACCCCACCACCCCAAAGCCUGAGGACCUCCACCUGCCACUGCUGGGCCCUGGCCCUGACUCUGCCCAUGCUCUGGGCAGCCCCAUAGGUAGGAAUGACUGCUUGGUGAAGCUGGAGUACUUCCACUUCCCCCCAGGCGCCGUGUCACCGUCGGAGCCGCUCCUGGGCAGCCUGGAGCUCAUCAAAUUCCGCGAGUCGGGCAUUGCCUCAGAGUACGAGUCCAACACGGACGAGAGCGAGGAGCGCGACUCGUGGGCCCAAGAGGAGCCACUGCGUCUGCUCAACGUGCGGCACAUGCAGGGCCCGGGGGACAGCCUGGAUGAUGAGAUUGCUGUGUAGGAGGGUGUCUGUCUCCAGACCGAGACAGGGAGGAGAUAGUCCUGGGGAGGGAAGCAGCUGGUGGAGGCCAGGGCUCAGUUCAGUGCUUUAGGCCUGGGUAGGUAGUAAAAGCUCGCUCUCCGCCCCUGUGGCAGGACAAAGCCAGGGCUGGGCUUCCUGCAGCCCACACCAUCCCAGCAGGCUCUCAGGACUGUAAGGGCACGCUCUGGCCUUGCUGUGAGAGAGAGAGAGAGGAGGUUGAGCACCCACCCAGAACAGCCACAGAGCACACAGGAGCAGGCACAGACACAUGCCCUCCUUCGAUGUGCAGUCACAUCUGCGGGUCUCUCACCGCGCUGCCCCAAGGCUCUGCCAGCCUCUCACAGCUUCUGCUCUGACCAGACUCCAUAGGCUAUGGCCAGCGAUGUGUGGCUGUACGUCCGUGGCAUGGCUUUGUCCUGUGUAAUGGAACUGGGGAUAUUUUCAUUAGCCAUAAAAUCUGUAACCCUUUUCUGAAUUCUACCAAGCUGUUGGCCCCGUAACAUCCUGUAGCAAGGAGUUCCACUGGCUCAUUAUCCAUUCUGGGUAAAAAUGAAGAAUUUCCCUUGAUCAGCAUUAGAUUCAUUGCCUUUCAUCGUUAGUGUACCUCCCCUGGUUCUCACUGAGACGCAGCUCCCACCCGCAUUCUUAUCCCAUUCACUCUUUGACAUGGCCCUAUCAUGUCCCCUCCUAUUCAUCCCCUCUCCAAACAGAGCAGAGUCAGGGGGAUGGUCACAGGAGCUCAGCGUACAGGUAAUUCUGCUCCCAGUGGAGUCGAGCUAUAGAUUUCAGUGAGAGGCCACCCAGUCCUUGAAACUCGCCGUCCUCAGUUGGAGCCUCUUGGCAUUGUGGGCACUUGCCUCUGAGCCUCCUUCGAUUCCUGGGGAACCAGACCUGACCUCACUGUUGCAAGUCAGGGAAUGCCCCAUACCUGUAAAACAGAUCCUAGCUCUCUGAACUCCCCACGCAGCCGGUGGCAAUGGAGCACCUCCCAGCUGGCACUGUAUUCAUGCCCACACCCCCCUGGGAAGCCAGGCAGGGCUAUUGCCCGCUGAACAGAGGGGCACUGAGGCACAGAGCCCAAGUCAGUGCAGCACAGGGAAUUGAACCCAAGUCUCCCAGGCAGGUGCCAGCCUUGCUCUUCAUGGCACUGGUUUUGGAGUUGGUCUGUAGCCCAGUCUUGUGCAGCUGUUCUGCACACUGCUGAGUGACAAGCUGGCACACUCACUGUUCCAGUCAUGCCCGGGUCAAACCUGAGCCAUUCAUGUCCAUUUCAGCCCCCCGGUGUGAAGGAAUCACAGAUCAGGCAUUACCAUGAGCUUGUCGAGACACUUUCUCCUGCUGUCACUCCAGCCAUUCUCCUCAUUCAGCUAGGGCUUGCUGGCCUUCUUAGUCUUGGCUAACCUCCGUAUUGUGUCAUCUGCCAGCACGCUCUUUCCUUGUCCCCAGCUCCCUAGGGGUGUGCAGUGAGAGCAGGGCGGCAGCAGCACUGGCCUCUUCGUAUUUUCUUUUUCCUUAAGUAAAUCCAGGGAAAUGAAAUACCAAAGCUGAUGUUAAUGCAAUGAUGAAGUCAGGAAAUUCCACAAGUUCAGAGAGCCGAACUCUUCAGUAGCGUGUACCCCCCACUCUCCUAGCGGGGCAAAGUCCCAGGGCUUUUGCUUCACAUUUUGGGCAGAUUGGCUGCUCUGACUUCCUAACAGAUAGGCGCCACUUCCUCCUGUUUGCUCUCAAGCUGUCUGGUAAGUUCUCCAGGCUGCAGAGAAGGCUGUACUGCUGGACCUUGCUGUCAUGGGAGUGUUUGCUUGCUGUCC